AAAACCCCCCUCUCUCUCUCUCUCUCUCUCUCACACACACACACACUUUCUCUCUCUACCAUUACAGACAGUCUUGUUCUUCAACUAACUUUCUCUCUCUAAAAAUUUGGGUCAAAAUUCAGUCUCGUUUUCUAUACCUCGCUUUUACUCCGCGGUUCAGAUAUUGCACAGUAGAUUUUUCACUCGUUAAUCUUCAGUUUUUCUGGAUGCGAGAACCGGCGACGCAGCUCUGAAGGUUCUUUCAAAUGUCCGGAUGAUUUGAUUGUGUAACUGAUGUACCACAAGCUUGAUGUUGAAGGAGGAAAAUUAUUUACGACACCUAUCUGUAGUAGUAGCACUGUUGUUCGUGUCUGACUUUUGACAAGCAAAAGGGUGAGGUAGAUGGAAACCGCUAAGCGUUGGUUCGGAAAAUUUCAAGCAAAAGAGAAGCCUAGGACUUCAAGCAACAAGAAUGAAUCUAGGCCUAAUGGAAAAGAAGGUUCGAAGACACCAUUAAAUGAGGAAACCCCUUCAAAUGCAACUCAGCAGAAGGUAGCUGCUGCCAAGCAGUAUAUAGAAAAUCAUUACAAGGAACAAAUGAAGAGCUUGCAGGAAAGGAGGGAGCGGCGUGAUAUGCUUGAGAAGAAACUAGCGGAUGCAGAGGUCACUGAGGAAGAGCAAAGUAACCUUUUGAAGUACCUAGAGAAAAAAGAAACAGAGUAUAUGCGCCUUCAGAGGCAUAAAAUGGGUGCUGAUGAUUUUGAGCCAUUAACCAUGAUUGGAAAGGGUGCAUUUGGGGAGGUCAGGAUCUGUAAGGAGAAGUCAACUGGCCAUGUUUAUGCCAUGAAAAAGCUUAAAAAGUCUGAAAUGCUACGAAGAGGCCAGGUUGAGCAUGUAAAAGCAGAAAGGAACCUACUAGCGGAAGUUGACAGCAAUUGCAUUGUUAAGCUUUAUUGUUCUUUCCAAGAUGAAGAGUAUCUUUAUCUAAUAAUGGAAUAUCUUCCCGGUGGAGAUAUGAUGACUUUACUGAUGCGUAAAGAUACAUUAACGGAAGAUGAAGGCAGGUUCUAUGUAGGGGAAACUGUUCUUGCUAUUGAAUCUAUCCACAAACACAGUUAUGUUCAUAGGGACAUCAAGCCUGAUAACUUGCUUCUUGAUAGAAAUGGACACAUGAAGUUGUCUGAUUUUGGAUUAUGCAAACCGUUGGAUUGCAGUAAUAUUCAAGAAAACGAUUUUUCUGUAGGAAAUAACUACAGUGGGGCUCUUCAAAGGGAUGGGCGCCCAGCAGUACCGAAACGCACUCAACAGGAGCAACUGCAACACUGGCAGCGGAAUAGGAGGAUGCUUGCAUAUUCAACUGUUGGUACACCUGAUUAUAUUGCUCCAGAAGUUCUGCUCAAGAAAGGAUAUGGGAUGGAAUGCGAUUGGUGGUCUCUGGGGGCAAUUAUGUAUGAGAUGCUUGUGGGGUAUCCACCAUUCUAUUCUGACGAUCCCAUGACUACAUGCAGAAAGAUAGUGAACUGGAGAACGCAUUUGAAAUUUCCGGAAGAGGCAAAACUAUCAGUAGAAGCCAAGGAUCUUAUAUGUAAACUCUUGUGCAAUGUAGAGCAAAGGCUCGGCACAAGGGGUGCCGACGAAAUUAAGGCUCACCCGUGGUUCAGAGGUGUAGAUUGGAAUAGAUUAUAUCAAAUGAAAGCUGCAUUUAUUCCAGAAGUUAAUGAUGAAAUGGAUACUCAAAACUUUGAAAAGUUUGAAGAGCCCGACAGUCAAGCCACAUCAGCAACGAAAUCAGGGCCUUGGAGGAAGAUGAUUCCAUCGAAGGAUGCGAAUUUCGUGGGUUACACCUAUAAGAACUUUGAAAUUGUUAAAGAUCACGAAGUCCCGGGAAUAGCUGAACUGAAGAAGAAGAGCAACAAACCGAAGAGGCCUACUGUCAAGUCCCUCUUUAAUGAGGAAUCGAAUUCGGCAUCCACUCAAUAUGGACAAGGAAGUUUCCUUAAUCUGUUACCGCCCAAAUUAGAUACCUCAAAAUCACACGAAUACUGAAGCUCAACCGUUAUGUUUAAUAGCUUCCGACAACUGUUGUAAAGCGUACAACCGGGAUUUUUUUUAUUUUUUUUUCGGUAUCGUUGUAAAUAUCUUAUUUUUUGUAUCCUUGUCAUAGUUGAUGUCUGUAAUUUUUUUUUUCAGUUGUCAAGCUGUAGAAGUUAUUGAUUUGUUGUUGUUCAUAUGAUCAAUUUAGACAAAAGACAAAGAAAAAGAUUAAUUUUGAGAAAUUGAUGUAUUGUUUGACA